AUGUCAGACUAUGACAAGGAGGUUUACGACUGGGUGCCGCGAGCGCUGGGCGGCGUGCCGGCGAGCGAACUCAGUGAGCCUCUACAGGAAGCACUGCGGCUUGUGGGCGCGGUGCUCGACGGCGGGCUCCCAAGCGCGGAACACAGGCAUGUCGGGACGAGCGUGCUGCCGGCCAUGGUCAAGGCGCUGCUGCGGCGUUGCGAUGUGGGAGGCGAGGACGUGCCGCAGGUGACGAUGCUGAUGGAGGAUGCGAUGCAGGCUGUGCUCCGCUACUCGGACUCCGGGGUGUAUGAGCUGUGGGGCGAAGUUCUCGCACCGAUCUUUGCCGAGGACGCGCCGUUCUACACGCUUGUGGGCUACGAGCGGUCGGAUAUGACUGUGUACCAGCUGACCGACGAUGAGGCUAAGGCUGCAGCGCAGAUUGAGGAGCGCAAGGCCUCGCGCGAUGCGCAGGGCAAUGUGUACGCGUUUGUGCCUGCCGCUGCGUGGGAGGCGCCUGCCGGCCUCAUUUCCGCACUCAACGUGUUUGGCAAGAUGGGCGGGUUUGACGGUGUGGUGCGGCACGUGGCCGGCGACGCGCCGCUGGACGCGAUGCGGCACAUGCUCGGACCGAUUGCCGCCGUCCAGGCGUACUUGCUUCCGGACUUUCUCGAGGACUGGGUCCCGCGGCUUGUGCCUGCGCUGCAGACCAAGUUGAUGGAGCUGAGCUCGGACGAGCUCAAAGUUGCGGACGAGUCGUGCAUCGAUGACCUCAAGCAGUGCAUCCAGAGCCUGUACCUGGCGCUGCCGUCACACGGCAACGCGUCAGGCGGUGGGCGCACUGGCGGCGCGCUCGUCUCGCCGGCCAACAAGGUGCUUGAGGCGUUUACGCUCGAUUUUGGGCUCAAGUGCCUCAAAGCGCCGAUCCUUAAGCUCAAGCUCAAGGGUCUGGCCGACAUCCGCGAGCUUGUUCGUCUCGCGGCCCACAAGGCCGAGUACAUUUCCCGGCUCCGCGACUUGUCGGGCCAGGCUGCAGCGUACCUUGCCAACAACCGCGAGGCCAUGAUGGCGUCGGCACAGCUGAUGUACGUCGCCACUUCGGUGGACGAUCUCCUCGCCUGGCUUCUGCAGCAUGACAUUGUCGAUUUGCUCUACGGCUCGCUGGCCCAUAUGGAGGUCAUGCGGCGCGGCUUUGAGUUUGUCAAGUUUCUGGCGAGCCAGGGCGUGCUCACCAAGGCCCACAUUGACCUCAUCUGGGAGGCCGGCCAGGGCAAGCACGAGGCUGUCCAGAACAUUGUGCUCUCAGCCUUUACCGACCUGGCACCGUCGCUCUCGCUUGAGCUCCUUGGCUACGUCUACCACGCCAAGGUUGCCACCGUUCCGCACGCCUCGUUCUCCUCGCACCUUAUCCAACUCGUCCGCGCGCUCACCAUGCACGCGCUCCUCACCUCGUCCGCGCUCAAGACUACCGCCGACGUCAAGGCCGCCACUGCCGCAAGCGCCGCCAAGGCCGCGCAACUCGCACGCGACGAGGCCGCCGCCACACGCGCUGCCGCCGACCUUGCUACCGAUACCACCAACGACUCUGCCGCCAAGGAUCCGGUAGAGGCCCGCACCGCCGAGGCCAUGGCCGCGCUCGCCGCCCAGGACGCUGAAGCGCCCACCGCCACUGCUGGCGUCACCGACAUCCACACCGCUGCGGCUGCGUCGUCGGACAUGGCGAUCGAGGCUGCCGCCGCCGCUUCUUCCGCGGCUGCUGCCGCCAAGGCUGCGCAGGAGCUUGCUGCCGCUGUGCCGGACUCGGACUAUGGACUUCCGCUGCUGUGGGAGCUCUUGCAGGACGAGGCACAUCUGCCCGAGUCGCUCGCCGUCCAGGCGUCGACGGUCCUCUACGAGCUACUGGGCUGGCAGUGCGGACACGUCGAGCGGGCCGAGUACAUGGAGCGUUGCAUUGCCAACCUCCGCGAGCACAAGUCCAUUUGCGCCACGCUCCAGCUCCUCCGCAAGAUUGUGUCGACCUACUCGAGCGGCGCCGGGCGCGGAGCCGUGGGUGGCGGCGAGCAAGUGCCGGACUCGAUGGCCUCGGUCGUGGCUUGGCUUGCUGAGGAGCAUGCACUGCUGGACGUCUUCUUUGCCGACCUCGUCCACUACAAGGCCGCCGCAUCUGCGGCGGCGGUGGCUGCGCGGGCGAGCGGCGCCGAUGACGACGCCAUCAACCGCAGCAAGCUUUUUGGCGCCCAGGGCCACAUUGUGAAUAUUCGCGAGCGGCUGCAGUUUCUCAAUACGGUGCUGACCAUGUCGGAUGUGGGGCUCAACCACGAGCAGGUCGACGCGCUGUGGGAAAGCCUGGUUGUCUCGCCGACAACCGUGCUCGAGCAGGAAGAGGCCUUCCGGUGGCUGGAGAACACGUGCGCGGUGCCCGAGUCGUUUUCGUACGAGCUGGUGCGUUACAUUUUCGACGUCAAGGCGCGCGACCUCUCAUUUGUCUCGAUCACGCUCCAGGGCUACCGGUUCUACGAGUACUUUUUCCGCUACAUCAACUGGAAGGAGAAGCGGUUUGAGCAGUCGGGCACCACACAUUUUUCCGUCCUCUCGCUUCAGCUCAUCGGCAUCGAUGGCCUGUGGCGGCUGGCGUGGGAGGCGCGCGACGCCGAAGUCGGCGACGCUGCCUACAACAUUCUCAUCCGCCUCUACCAGGGCCUCGUUCCGUCGCUCCGGACCCACACCCAAGCCAAGCGUGAGGAGCUCAUCGAGCGCUGCAUCGCUGCACUCUCGGCCGGCGCCGCCGUCCUCCUCGAUGGAGACCGAGACGCCGACGCCGAUGCCGACGCAACGCUCGCCGCCCAGCUGCGCAUCUCGCGAGCGCUUGGCCUGCUCAAGCUCUACCUCGACGAGUUUGCUAGCAUCAAGGGUGGUCCGUCGCCGCACGGCUCGCUUGAUCGCUCGGCGCCGCUGGUGCUGUACGUCGAUGUCGAGAGCGCGCGGCAAGCCGAGGCAUCGGAAGGCGCGACGCUUGCGCCUACCGUCCUCGCCCGCCACAAGAUCCUGGUCUCGCUCGACGACACGCUCGGUGACCUGCGGUGGCGGGUCGGCAAGCUCUUCUCGCCGACUGAGCCGCCGUACCUGGUUCAGCUCGCGCUCGACGGCGAGCUCUUCCCCGAGCGCUGCGGCUUGGCCCGAGACCACGGUCACCGCCUUUAA